CGUCAACAAUAGGAUUUCUACACAAUUGAUUAAAACCUACGCUCAGCACGAGUCCAACAGAAUAUGUUAACAAUUAUUUGUUGAAUCUCCACGAUUAAGCAUGCAUUUUUGCACGUUCGGUUCAUUAUUCAGUUCAUCCUCCUCCCUAUAUGUAAAACAUCACUGAAAAUACGAACAAACGGACAUAGAGUUACAUUCAAACAUGAACCAAGCCACUCUGCUGACUUUAUUCCUAUCAGGGUUCGUGACAUUGGUAUGCUUGGAUAUUGUUUCCAUGGCAACUGCCAAUACGUGCCAGAAUACCGAUAUUGUUCCGAAGUUGAACAUUAUCAAAAGUAAAAUUCUACAGAAAACCAGUUUGUGCCAGGGAGGCUUUAAAAUCAGAAUUAAUAGCGAGGUGAAUGAACUAAGUCAAAGGGUUGAGACAUUGCUAGCAUUACUAGACAAAGGCGUGGUGAGGUGGGGAGAAUGGGGAGACUGGACUCCAUGCGACAAUACAAUUUGCAACAUAGCCCAUAGAAAAAGGCUUUGUUU